GAGUUUGCUUCCUCCAAAAUCGGAAUUUUGCUCCACAAAGAAUGGAGCCCUUGUCGUCGUCUUGUGCGGUAGCACAGCAAACAUGGGAGCUCGAGAACGACAUCAUUCCCGUGGAUACUCCCACUUCCUCCGACCAAGCUUCCGACUCCAUAUUCUACUACGACGAGGCCGCCCAGAACGACUUUCACAGGGAGAAGCCUUGGAUCAAUGACCCUCACUACUUCAAGCGCGUUAAGAUCUCCGCCCUCGCUCUCCUCAAGAUGGUUGUCCACGCUCGCUCCGGCGGCACCAUUGAGGUUAUGGGUCUCAUGCAAGGUAAGACUGACGGUGAUGCCAUCAUCGUCAUGGACGCCUUUGCUUUGCCUGUUGAAGGCACCGAGACUCGGGUUAAUGCUCAAGCUGAUGCCUAUGAGUACAUGGUUGAUUACUCUCAAACAAACAAGCAGGCUGGCCGGUUGGAGAAUGUUGUGGGAUGGUAUCAUUCUCAUCCUGGUUAUGGAUGCUGGCUUUCAGGAAUCGAUGUAUCUACGCAAAUGCUAAACCAACAAUUUCAGGAACCUUUUCUAGCUGUUGUUAUUGACCCUACGAGGACUGUUUCUGCUGGAAAAGUUGAGAUUGGAGCAUUCAGGACAUACCCAGAAGGAUAUAAGCCUCCAGAUGAACCUAUCUCUCAGUAUCAAACCAUCCCACUCAAUAAGAUUGAAGACUUUGGUGUGCACUGUAAACAGUAUUACCCAUUGGAUAUCACUUACUUUAAGUCUUCUCUUGACUCACACCUCUUGGAUCUGCUAUGGAACAAAUAUUGGGUGAAUACACUAUCAUCUUCUCCUUUAUUGGGCAAUGGAGAUUAUGUUGCAGGACAAAUCUCAGAUCUAGCUGAAAAGAUAGAACAAGCGGAGAAUCAGUUGUCACAUUCUCGCUUUGGACCACUAAUAGCUCCUGCUCCAAGAAAGAAAGAAGAAGAAUCUCAACUGGCUAAGAUAAAUCGUGACAGUUCAAAAAUAACUGUGGAGCAAGUACAUGGUCUAAUGUCACAGGUCAUCAAGGACAUCCUUUUCAACUCUGUGCAUCAGGCUAACAAGUCCCAAGCUGAAACAUCAGGUCCUGAACCGAUGAUCGAAAGUUGAUUGUGGCAUUUAUGCACCCUAAUAGGCAAAUUGACAGAAACCUAGUGUUUCAUUUUGCAAGCUUUGUUGUGUCUGCCUUGUAUAUCCCAGUUUUUCUUUCCCAGGAUUAGCUACCUUCAUUUUUUUUUUGUCCGUUGUUCCCCAUUUUGGUAAUUAUGAAACUCUGUGGGUAAACUAUGUUGUCAACAUCAUAUACCAAUUCAUCUAACAAAAACUAAAAUGUGUUUAAAUUGAA